UUGAAAAUUCAUGCGGAAGAAAGUUGUUUGGAUUGUCAGUGCUAGAGGUGAACAAAUCGUUCGCGAUAUCUUAAUCCCAAAGGGAAUUACAGUACAACAAGAAAUGCCUUCGUCUUAAAUAGCAUCGAACAAACAUUGGUCAAUAUGUUUUUGGCAGCAAUUCCUUUCUUGCUCUUGGUCCAAUUUGGACCCACCGCAUGUUCGACUCACCAAAAUAGCUACUUUCGUGGGUUGGUAGAAGACACGAUUUCCAAUACAGACUGGAUGACAUGUCUCCAAGCUUGCCAUCACAAAGCAAGCUGUAUGUCGUAUAACUACGGAGGAAAAAACAGGAAUUGUGAGUUGAUUUCAGAUGGAAUAACGAAUCAAUGUGACAGUGCAAAGGUGAUCUAUUCAAGAGAAUGGGUGUUUCAUCAGAUAAGGCCAGUUCCUACAAAACAAGUCAAGGCAGAAUUAGGAGAUGAUCCAAGUAAUCCUGGCAAGUCAUGCUUGGAUAUUCUCUAACACAGAACUGUUUCUAGCGGUUCUUAUCAUAUCAGAGUAGGAGACGAAAUAAGUUUGAUUUAUUGUAAAAUGGAAAAUACCUUGGAGUGUGGAGAUGGAGGCUGGACACUAGCUUUGAAAAUAAACGGAAGCAAGGGAACAUUCUCAUAUUCCUCUGAGUUGUGGACAAAUCAGAAAGCCUACAAACCAGAGGAAGCUAAAGAUCUCGAUGACAAGGAAACAAAAUCUCUUUUCUUUUCGAGAGCCUAUAUUACAGAGGGCCUCUGUGUUGGAAUGAAAGUUCACGGUCACACAAGAUGGCUCAAGAUACCUUGGAAUAGAAACAAUGAUCUAUUUGGAAUUUUUCAAAGGAAUUCACGGGAGGGUCUCAAAGGAAUUCAUUUUUCUGACUGGACAUCAUUGAUUGACGGAUCUUCUAUGCCAGAAAACUGUUCAAACAGCAGAAAAGGUGGUUUUAACGUCGAACAAGAGAACUCCAGAGAUGGUGCAAAAGCUCGAAUUGGAUUGAUAGCACGAAGCGGAGAACCAUGCAAUGGCGAUCCCGAUACAAAAAUUGGGUUUGGCACUUCAGGAACUAACAACACUUGUGGAAACGAAUAUAUCUCUAAUUCUGAUGAAGCUAGUAAAGUAAUAUCUAUCAAGGCAUUCUGUUACAUAUUCGUCAAAUAGUUCAUGGGAAUAACAUAAAGAAUUGAAAAACGGAGGGCUUCCGCGGGUUACAGAAAAAAAAAAAGGAGGUCCUCCUCUCUAGUUUGGAAACAGGGGUAGAACGUUCAGGUUCAGAAAUUUAGCCACAAGCCGCUAUGUUAACGUUGUUUCACGAUACACAUGGACGUUUUUUAGCUUUGUCUCCACGGUUUGUUUGUUUGUAUUUUCUUUUUCCUUGUAACAAAUAAAAGCCUUCAUCCGUCAAUGGCUAGACAUGUUAAUGUUGCCCAUUAUCAGGUUACACUAUUAUUACUCAAACAUCAUUUCCAACUCUUUGCAAAGUAGAGUAAAAGUAAAGGCUAUGUAAAUGAUUUUUAUUAAACUGUAGAUAAUCACAAAGCACCAGCAGAAAUCUGAAUUAUUAAAGAAAAAAGUUCUCUUGUAAACCUUGUGUUUCUUAAGUUUAGGUAGCUGCAAUUUCAAAAGUUACACGAUAUUGU